UUUGACAGUUCAUUGGAAUAGAAUAAAAGAACACACCUGUGCUUUGUGAACCUUUGAAAUUCAAAGUUGUGAACACACCCUUGUGUUUGUCAUGACAUAACCUAUAUUUUGAAGUUUAAAUGGAAUGGUGCCAAAUGCCAAAUUUUAUAGGGCUCAUGUGAGCUUAUAGAGUUAAUAAGUUAAUUUAAUUUCGCAUCCGUAUUUUAAAGCUAGUCGAACAAUGGCAUCAAGAGUAAUGAAAAAAUCUGCCCUCCGUAUGGGGCAAAACUUAUUUAGGGCCCAGUCUACCGUGUCAGCAUAUGAACUCCAACAUAAAACACCACUUACUAAAAAAAUAACAUCUAUUCCAAUUGCCUUAUAUGGAGGUAGAAAUGCAGUAUCUAUGUUACCAGGUGGUGGUAUUGGCCCAGAAUUAAUGACAUAUGUACGAGAAGUAUUCAAAUAUGCAGGUGCCCCAGUAGAUUUUGAAGUGAUUGACAUAGAUGCUAAAGCAGAAGAUAAUAUAGAUUUAGAAUAUGCUAUAACUUCUAUAAAACGAAAUGGUGUAGCUAUUAAGGGUAACAUUGAAACAAAAAGUAAGAGUUCUGAUGUGUUAUCUAGAAAUGUGGCCAUUAGAAAUGAAUUAGAUCUAUUUGUUAAUAUUCUACAUGUUAAAUCAUACCCUGGAGUUGUUGCUAGACAGAAAGAUAUUGAUAUUGUUAUUAUUAGACAGAACACAGAAGGAGAAUAUGCUAUGUUAGAGCAUGAGAGUGUAGAAGGUGUAGUUGAAAGCAUGAAAAUUGUAACUGAAUCAAAUUCAGAAAGAGUUGCACGUUUUGCUUUUGAGUGGGCCAAAACUAAUGGAAGAAAGAAGAUAACUACUAUUCAUAAAGCUAACAUCAUGAAGCUUUCAGAUGGUUUGUUUUUGGAAACAUCAAAAAAAAUUGCCAAAGAAUAUCCUGAAAUAGAACAUAAUGAUAUGAUCAUUGACAAUUGCUGUAUGCAACUUGUAUCCAGACCCCAUCAGUUUGAUGUAAUGAUUAUGACAAAUCUGUAUGGAAGUAUUGUUUCAAAUGUUGUAUGUGGUUUAAUUGGAGGAGCUGGUUUAUUAUCUGGAAAAAAUUAUGGAAGCCAUUAUGCCAUUUUUGAGCCAGCUACAAGAAACACAGGCAAAGCUAUUGCUGGAAAGAACAUAGCAAACCCAAUAGCUAUGUUAAGUGCUGGUUGUGAUAUGCUGCAACAUUUAGGGCAUCAGCAACAUGCCAACUUGAUCCAAAGAGCCAUAUUCAAAACUAUUUCUGAAGACAAAAUCCAUACACCUGAUUUGGGUGGUACUGCUAAGAGUACCGAUGUAGUUCAAAGAAUUAUUGAUCACAUCUUACAGUCCGACAUCAGACCAUGAUUUCAAACACAACAUUGUUGAAAUAAUUUUAUAUGUAUUUAAUUUAUUUAAAUUGUGUAUUGUAAAUAAAAUAAUAUAACAAAGUUAAAAAAUAUUUUAUUGCCAACAAUUUCCUUAAUGCAUUAACAACUUUGAAUCGUAAAUAUAAAUAUAUAAUAAAAAACUUAGGAAUGUUUGUAAAGCUUAAGAAAUUUUAUAUCACAUAUUUUAAAGAUUUUGUUUCCAUUUAUACGAUCCUGUAUAGCAGAAGUUAUUGUUACCCAACAAUUCGUCUGCUUCCUUGGGACCUCUGCUUCCAUAUCUGCAAAUAAAAUUUUUUAAUUUGGAUCUGCAUUUCUAAUAACUAAAUUUUAAACGUUGAUAAAAAUACUUACAUGUAUGGAAUAGGUUUUAUUUUGUCUUCUUCGACUUGGUGCAACAAUGGAGUGAAUAUCCUCCAAGCUUCACUCAAUUCAUCAGAACGGACAAAGUGCAUUUGUGAUCCACAGAAGACAUCCAAAAUUAAACGUUCAUAUGCAUCGGGAAGUUUAACAUUCUAAAAAAAUAAUUACUAGUAUACUAUUUUUCUAUUUGUAACACAAACAUUGUUUAUAAUUGUUACACUGUUUAUGUAACAAACAGAUAUUUAUAUACAGGGUUCCUAAUAUUUAUUUAUUAUGUCUUUAUUUGCCAAAUGUACAACAUUUGUCCAAAGAAGGUGAAGAUUAGCUAGCAAGCUACUCUUUAACUCUUAACCUUCUUUGGUAACAGUCUAAAUAUAAAUACAUAUAAUCAAAGAGAAGGAAAACAAUAAUAUUAUUGAGUACUGAGUAGGUUUUCUUUUAUGUUUAGCUUAAAAAUAUUUAGAGAGAAGAGGAGAAAUAUUUCAUAGGGACUAUUGUUAUUUCUUAAACUGUAACAGAUAGAAAGUUGGUUAUAUUAAAAAAGUUGCAUAGUUUUGUGCUCAUUAAAAUGGCGCCAAGAAAUCUUUAAUAUUUACAGGGAGAGUCAAAAUAUAGGACUAAAAAUAAAAAUUAUAAUUUCUUUAAAUUCAUUCAUUUUCUCAAGUCCAACCUCUAAAAUCAUGAUAACUAACCGAAUAUCUGCUUCCGUAUGUUAGAUCCAAUUCGGUUUCUUCCAUAUCGAAAGCCAUACCGGGAGUUUUGACCAUCAGUUUAACAUACAAAGCUUCUCCAGGUUGGACACGGAUAACUAAUUCAUUUCUUUUUGGUUUACCAUCAAAAAUAUCUCCAGGAACAUCUUUGAAUUGGAUUCUUACCUCUGCUUUACGUUCAUUCAGGGCU